AUGGUGAUGAGAACAGGCACCAACAUCAAUAAAUACAUCUACCCGCGUAGGCGACAGCGUGUGUGUGUGUACACAAGCACCACCAAGAUGUUCCAGAAAGACAUGGGCGAGGAGGGAGAGGCCGCGCCGCUGCUGCGAGCAGGUCGCCCUUACGGGAGUAGCGAGCGAGCAGAGAGAGGUUCCUCCGUCCAGCAACCAGCCGCGUCGGAGGCAGGUCAUCAGCAGCACGAGGAUGUUGGUCAAGCCAGGAGGAAACGACGUCGCGUCGAGCCGGUCGCCGCGCUAUCGCGGGCGGGCUCUGGCCCCUUGCUGCUGGCGAUGGUGUCGGCAAUAGGCGCCGCGUUGUUGGUGAUCGGCGUGGGUUUCAUGUCAGCACCUGAUACGAUCGCCGGCGCCUCGCGGCAACGAGGAGCGGAUACGAGGGCGAGCCUGGCAACAUCACCAGCGGCGGCAGGGAUUGCGGUAGGCGGUGCGGUAGAAGGAGGGCAGAACAAUGGCGCCGCCGCUGCUGCUGCUGCUGCUGCUGGCGAGGGUGGUGGUAGCACGGCAGCAAUGGGGGGCUGGAGAUCUCAAGCAAACUGGGCAUCAUCAGGCAUUGCCGUUAACGGCAACGGCGAUGGUGGUCCUGGUUCCGUGAGCACCUCCAAGCCGAACGUCUUCUUCUUCCUUAUAGACGACAUGGGUUUCGGGGACAUGGGUUACCAAUCCACCGACCUGUCCGAGAUCACACCUAACCUCGAUGCGCUUGCCGCGGGCGGGGUAAAGCUUUCCAACUACUACACGAUGACGCUCUGCACUCCGGCGAGAGCUAGCAUCAUGACCGGGCGUUACCCCGUGAGGUACGGGAUGCAGUACUCCGUCAUCAUGCCCGGCUCGCCCUGGGGACUACCCACUAGCGAAAAGAUUCUGCCCGAGUACAUGAACGAGGCUGGAUAUGAAUCGCACAUGGUGGGCAAGUGGCACCUGGGGAGCUACAGAGACGAAUCCCUCCCCAGCCAGCGGGGAUUCAAAACCUUCCUGGGCUACCUUAACGGCAUCGAGACAUACUACAGCCACAAGAACCCCGAGGCGUCGGUAGACGGACAGUACUUCUUCGACUUCGGCUACGGGAACGCCACCGGGUACCACGACGUUACCCUCCAAAACCACGACGAGAACGUCGGGGGCCCGUGUACGGACGGAGGGCCGAGAUGGGGAGAUGUCAUGGAGAAUGAGGACCCCGCGGACGUGUGCUUCACGGGAACGUACUCAACUGACGCUUUCGUCGGCCGGGCUAAGCAGAUCGUCAAAAGUAAAGCGCCUUUCGACGAAGACCCUCUGUUCAUGUACAUUGCCCACCAAUCCGUUCACUCCCCUACCGGUCCCGCGCCCUACGAGGAGUUUUCACCAGAGGAGCUUGCGUUAUUGGAGGGCGUGAAAGAUGCGACGGAAUCGGAGAAGAGAACCGCCUUUGCCGGCGUCCUGCUGUACCUGGACAAGCGAAUAGGAGAGUUCGUGGACAUGCUGGAGCAGGAGGGCUGGCUCGAGAACUCUGUGAUCGUGGUGUCAAGUGACAACGGUGCUUGCCCCGAUGACGGGGGCUCCAAUUAUCCGCUGCGAGGCAGCAAGCAGUCUGUAUUCGAAGGUGGCAGCAGGACUGGGUACCAACCCUCGCCAGCAUUGCUGGGAAAGAGACAACCGGCAGGCCUUAACACUUCCUCCCCUCGUUAUCUUUGUAACCCCUGCAACUUGCCUGACAGCGCCGGUGCGUUGGACGGUGUGGAUCAGUGGGAAUGUCUCAAGAGCAACGGCGUCCGAGGGGCGGGGUCAGGGAACACGUCGAAGCCCCCCCGCACCGAGCUGCUGUACAACUGGGACUCGUACCUCCUGUCGUCCGCGGACGGAUUGAAAGAAGACCUGGAAUUCAGUCAAGGGGCUUUCCGAUCGGGGGACUGGAAGCUACUCGUGAACGUCUUUUGCUCGGGUUACUUCUCCCACGAUCUGGCGGUUAUCGAGAGUGACGACCUGCUCGACUCCGAUGUCGCUUGCGGAGUCGGGAACAUGGAGUGCCAGGACUGCUGCGACCGAUGCCAGUUGUACAGCGGAGACUACCCCGUCAGCGACAGGCUGUACAACGUCAGGGAAGACCCCAGGGAGGAGCACGACUUGUACGACCAGUACCCGGAGUUCGCGAAGGAGCUUCGAAAACGCGCCGAAGAAGUGGUGUUCGCUGAGUGGGAAGGAACGAGGUUCAAGGCGGUCAACACAGAUAGUUACCCGGUCUGGAAGGCAAACAACUGGUGGAUGUGUCCGUGGGAAGAGAUGCUGGGGAAGAAAGCGUCCAAGUCUAUGAACGGCCUGAUGUGAAGACUUUUCACGGCAGGCAGUGUUGUAAUGCAUACAGCGUAUCCCCGGUUUCUCUUGAAGGACUCGCGCAGGCGUUUGGUUGACACGAAUACUUCGUGUACAAAAUAUUUUGGAUUUUCAUAUUUUUGUUUUAUUCUUGAAAGCACGUAAAGUGAAAGUCCUUUUUGUGCGUAGUUGGUCUGUGACCACGCGAGGCGAUGCGUCAGCUGGACGUGUUCGGUGUUGG